AAUACGAGAGGAUUGUGACGAUGAAAGGUGGAAAUAUUUCAAGGUAAAUUAACAAAACCAACACUUUAAUUUGAGAUAAAUAAAGAGAGAGACUAGUAUACAUAAAUGAGAGUAAUAUUGUUAUUUUUUUGUAGAAUUGUUUAGAUGCCCUUGAUGGUACAAUGAUUCUAGUUAAUGUUCCUUGUGAUGAUCGACCCAAAUAUCGCACUAGAAAAGGCACCAUUGCUAUGAAUGUUCUAGGAGUAUGCUCACCUGAGAUGGAAUUUACAUAUGUCUUACCCGGUUGGGAGGGAUCGGCACAUGAUUGUCGGAUUCUUCGAGAUGCUAUUUCUAGGCCUAAUGGGUUGAAAGUUCCUAAAGGUAAUACGAUUGACAUAGUAGACUUUAUUUGAGAUUAACUUAGUAAGAGAGUAAUUUUGUUUUUUUUUGAAUUUGUCAAGGUUGUUAUUAUCUAUGUGAUGGAGGAUAUACUAAUGGAGAGGGAUUCCUUGCACCAUAUAGAGGGCAUCUUUAUCAUCUUAAAGAAUGGAAUAAUGGCCCCCGACAACCUCAAAACGCUGAAGAAUAUUUCAACUUAAGGCAUGCGAAAGCUAGAAAUGUGAUUGAGAGAUGCUUUGGAUUACUCAAGGGAAGAUGGGGAAUUCUUAGAAGUCCUUCUUGGUUUAGUUUAAAAACACAUGGUCGAAUUGUGCUUGCUUGUGCCUUAUUACAUAACUUGGUAAAAAGAUACAUGCUUGCAGAAUUUGAUGAUGAUGACUUGUAUGAGGAAAGUGAUAGUGAUGAUGAUGAUGGUGAUGCUAGUGAUGAAGAUGAUGUGGAUUACAUAACUUCCAUUGCUGUAACCGAUCCAUGGACUAAUUUUCGAAAUACAAUGGCCCAAAAUAUGUUUAAUGAGUGGAGGGCUAGACACCGCAGACUUAGUUCGUGAUUUUAUUUUUUACAUGACCAAACUUUUUUAUUGUUAUAUUUGAACUUCAGACUAGAAUGCUUUUUUCAAUUUCGAUCUUGUACGUUUUUCUGUUUACAUUAAGUCAUGGAUGUUGUAUUGGACUUAUAUUAAUUUCCUUUUUUACUUAAAUUGAACAAUUUUUUUGGUUAAUUUUAUUCUUAUAUAUAUGCAAUCCUCUUAUGUAUAUUCUUAUGUAUAUGUCAUGUUAAUAUGGUUCAAAUGUUAUAGUAUUAUGGAAGAAAGUAGUGCAAGUGGAGGUGGAAGGGGGAGAAACAAACGAUUUUGGACCGCUCAAGAAGAUGAAGUCCUUGUGGAAGCAUUGUCAGAGCUAGCUGUAGAUCCUCACUGGAGGUGUGAAAAUGGAUUCCGAAGCGGCUAUAUGGUUCGCUUGGAGGAGGUCAUAGGUAAGGCUCUUCCUGGUUGUGGUUUAAAGGCUACACCACACAUUGACUCUCGGAUUAAGACACUUGGAGCCAAGUUUAGGGCUAUUUCUCAAAUGUUAAAUACAAGUGGAUUCGUUUGGGAUGAUGAAAAAUAAAUGGUUUCUGUGGACCGGGCUGUUUAUGACGAGUUUUGCAAGAGUCAUCCUAAUUGCAAAAACUUGUAUGGAAUUUCUUUCCCCCACUUUCAUGAACUCGAGAAAAUUUAUGGCAAGGACUAUGCUACUGGAAAACCAGCUGAAGGUUUUGCUGAUGCAGUCAACAACUUGGAAAAAGUUGCCCCUCCACAAGUUACACUUGAUUCAAGUGAUGAUGAGGAUGUUCUAGGUAGUGGUAAUGUCACUCAAACUGUUACCUCUCCUCCUUAUAAAAAGAUCAAGACUGAAAACACUACAAAAAAAAGUAAGAGAGGAAGUGGUGGUGCCGGAAGUUCUAAUGAGCUCGCUAGCUUACAAGCAUUUAUGAAAGACAUGAAUGUUCAUCUUUCCACUAUGGCUACUGUGAUGGCACGCACUGAUGAUCGUGAACAACGUGCGGAUGAAAGAGAGCAAAAAUUAGUUGAAAAGAGUGAACAAGUGCUAGAGGAACUACUCUCUUUUAAUCUUGAAGGUGUCACUCCUACCCAAGUUUUUGAAGUGGCUAACAUUCUAACCGCACAACCUAACAAGCUCAUGAUAUUUUCAAAGUGUCCGGAUGCUUUGAAAGGUGCUUAUGUUAAGAGUCUUCUUGGAGGAAGCGGUGAUGGUAGUGCCUAAAUAAAUUUUAUGUUAUGGUUUUAUGUAUGGUUUUGUAUUAGGAAGGAUUAUUGGCAAAGACUUUGGUUGAAUGUCAAUAUUAUUAGAAUA